AUGGCUGAAGUCCUGCUCACCUUUCUAGUGAUUCCCAUCUUUGCCUUCCUGUGUGGGGUGGGGCUCCUUCUUCUGUCACUGUAUCACCUAAAGAAGGAUCCCUCUUUCCCAGUAUUUUGGAAACAGAGAGACGUCAAUCAGCAUCAGAGCAAAGCCAAGAGGUGGAAAAAAGGUGGUAGACGGAAAGGUUGGAAAACUUACCGGAGCCAAGUGGAGGAGGCAAGGAAGGUGCUUUCUCUUCUGCAAAGCUCCCAGGGCCAUCAUCAUGAUAUCCAAUUUCAUCAAUUAUGUCCAGACCCCUUCUGUGAGAUAUGUAAUAACGAAAGUGCUGAGGUCAACCAGCUGUUGUUCCCAGAGGCCUUGGAAGAUGCUAUUCCUUUGGCUUCCACAGUUUCUGGUUUGUCACAGUCAACGAAUCCCACUGAUUCAUCUGCUUGUCAACACAUCCCACCAAUGCUGUCUACUUCACAACUACCAGACUGCCCUUCCACUGUGAUUCAAUCAAAAUCAAUUUUCCCCUCACUGAAGCCUGUUCCAGAGGACUUGUCUCCAGAUAGUACUGGUGGAUUGUCCACUCAUCAAUCAAUAAUCAGAGACACUGACCAUUCGAACCUGUCAAUAUCAGAUAUUUCCUGUUGGCAGGCUUAUGCCAAGAACAUGUUUCUCCCCACAUUAUCACACUCUGAUUUUCAGCAAGAGCAUGUUUUUCUCCAUCUACCAGAGACUGGUCUCUGGGGAGACUCUGUUUCAAAGCACAUGGAAGCCAGUAGCAAUUCUUUCCUUGGCCUUAAUGUCCAGGAACUCCUGGAGAGACAAAUAAAGAGAAAGGCUUUUCAGACUUUAGAGAAGAAAGAAAAUAAGCAGGGACCAUUUUCAAAACAAAUUUGGUCAGAAUACCAACAGUCAUCUUUAGGGAAUUCAUUGGAACUACUUGAUAUACAGAACACCAUAGUCCCCCAAACUGGCUGGAUCAUUGAAGACAAACCAGAGCAGUUGCGCGAUAGCCAGGAGCUAUUUUAUGUUAAGACAUUGGAAGAAAACUUGCAGCAGAAAUAUAGCCAGCUCUUCUGGGGUCUUCCUUCUUUGCACAGUGAGUCCCUAGUAGCUACUUUCCUGGUUUCCAAUAGUAGCUCUCCACUAGAAACUCGCUUUGUCUUAUUCAAUGGAAUUUGUAAUGCUUCUGUACUCAAAAUGCAGCAUCAAGGAUCUCCACCAUUCCCUCAUUUCCAUUUCCUUCCCCUAAACAAUGUAGAUCCUCAACAUUUGCCUCAAAUCAAGCCCCAAGCACAAUAUUUCACUCAGGUCCAGCCCCAGCCCCAGCCCCAGCCCCACUUUCCAUCCCAACUCACAAUCCUACCAUCUUCUUCUUCAUCCCAGAUUAGGGACUGUGGAGUGUCUUUCAAUAGAUCUCAGAAUGAGUCAGACUCUAAUACCUUGAAUGAAAAUCAACACCUGGGAUGCCAUAUGUUGCAGAUGCAACAGGAAAGUUUGCAGGGCUUAGUCCCUGUUCUCCAAAAAGCUCAAGAUGCCAUUUGUCCUCAAGCUCCCAACCUUCCAUUGGUCAGCCAGUCAUCCCAUGCCUAUAUACCAGUCUCCAUCCUUCCUGGCCAUUUUCAUACCACCAAUGAACCUCAGGGGCAAGGGCAGCUCUAUGCUCCGAGUAGGGUAAUCCCAUUCCAAUGCCAUCAUGCCUGUAGGAAUCUAGAGCCUCUAGAACUGAGGGCACCUCAGUGUCAAUUAACAGAAACUUCUCUGCAGAAAGAUGGGUAUGCUCACUUACAACUCUCUGAGCUUCAGGGAGAAUGUAGCAAGUCACUAGGCAAGAAUGAAUUGUGUUUCCCAGGACAUUUAUGUGAGGGGGUUCCACAAAACUUUCAGCUAAGGGAGGACAUAAAGAGGAAUCUUGGGUAUAUCCUAGAGAAGAGCCCAGAAGACAGUCCACAAAGGAUCUCAGAAUGCUACCUAGUAAAGUGUCUGAGGGCUGCCUCAGAGACAAAAAGUAACUGUGUGUGCCACUCGAGUCAUUUAGGAAAGAAAUUAUUAAGUGUCUCAAGGACGGGCAUAAACUGGAAUAAAAUUAAAGCCAUUCUUAGAUUACAUUUGAGCAAGAAGUCUUCACAGAUCACUGAGGGUAGAAUCCCUAUAGGUGUGUGUCAUUCAUGGAUGGCCGAGGACAAUACAUGGCCGCCUCUUGGGAAUUCCCACACCAAUAAGAAAAUUAAAAAUUCAAAAAGCACAAUGACUGGUAGAGUCUACUGCCAGAUCACCACUCUAGAGCUUUCUUUUCUUGAUCCCAAUACUCGACAAGUGCUUGAAGCCCAUAUUAUAAGAUUUCGUAUGAAUCAGAGAUGGGGCCUCCCACUAAAGGUUAUUCAAUCCAUAAAAUUAUAUACAGCAAGAGAAGGCAAAACAUGGCCUCUUCCCCAGUUUGACUUUCCUUCCACAGCCACCCAUAUUUCUAAUGUAGUCUCCGAAGCUGAGGUUUUCAAGCCCUUUGAGGGAAGCUCCAAAACUUUUCAGGGAAACAAGCUGGGAAUAAAUUCAGUUGAUAUCCUGGAGUCUCCUCUCCCGGCUUUCCCAUAUGUAAGCUGGGAAGGACAAGGGGUCCUGAAAACAGCACAUUCUGGUAUGGAACAUAAGCUUGCAGAGAAUGUCCAGAAAACUGUGUGUGGCAGGCAGACUUUUCAGCCCCUCAGGCACCACACCAUAGACAAAGGGAGACAGAGUGAGAUUGUACUGAACAAUAGAUACAGCCCGAAGGUGCCCAGGAAGCUAGCUGGAGCUGGACAUGAGCCAACGGAUGAGAAUGUGAGUUCCCGUGAUAGAGCAAAAUUGAUUCAGGGCCAAAAGACAGUGGUAGAAAAUUUAGAAUAUUUUCCCGUCUCCCAAAUGUUCAGUGAGAUAUUAAAGGCCCAGGAGCCAUAUGCAAUUAAAUCACCAUCUUGUGACAUCUUGACAGCCCAGGAGUUGGGAGUCUCCCAAAUGAUAAAUGUCAAUAUGAGUAAAGAAGAAUCUACCCUGACCACUGAGGAUCCCUCACCAAAAAUAUUAGAUCCCCAAAAUUCUAAACUAUCAAGCCUGCAAAAACAGCUCCUUGAUGAGUUAAAACUUAAAUUGAAGAGCAGGGAGCAAAGCCGCAAUCAAGGCUGUCUCACUGACACGUCCCUUCCUUCAGAUAGCUUUCCUUCCCUAGCCUCACCGACACUGCCCCGGAGCAUCACCAGUGGGCACAUGGGAGUGUCCAAGGUGCCUCAUGUCCACUUUGAGGACAGCACAGAGCUCAGGCAGGAAUCCUGGGUCCCUAAGAAUGUCUUACGGAAGUGCCAAGAUAUCAAUUUACCACCAGUGGCUAAGAAAGUGAGAACUUUGGAUUCCAAAGCAGGAGAAUGUAGAAGUGAGGAUUUGAGUUCAUGGACAUCUAAAGCUAGAAAGAAGAGCCACCCUGUUGAGGACAAAGAAUUAGAGGGCACUUUCCUCUCUUUGCCACAAAAUGAACAGUUUCCUCCUGAUAGUUACUUCAAAAAAAAGAGGAGGGAAUUUUCUCAGUGGGUCAAUUCCAAAAGAAAAAGUAAAGAGCUGGAAACUCGCCAGCAAAAAACCAACUUCACAUCAACAUUUGCACAGGAACAUGACUUACCUGAAAGUGAAGCUAUCUUUUUGGAUUGUGGGCUUUCUGAAGCUCAUGAGCUCAUGACAGCCAUUGGGAAGUUCCUAGAGGAAAAAUUGCCAAAUAGUCAUGAACUUCAGGCCUUCCAUUUAAGUCAACAGAAGUAG